UCUUUCAAAGAUUAUAAUAUAUGUAUACUGUCAUUAAUCAAAUUAUAAAAAAAUAUGCUUGAAUUUCAAGAUGUCAAAACUGAUACAGUAGAAAACGUUCGAGUUUUCGUAAGGAUAAGACCAUUAAAAGAAGGGGAGAGAACCGUAAUCAACAAAGAGGUAGUCAAAUCGGAUAAAAGCACAGUUACUAUAACUAAGCAGGGAAUAGUAAGAACUUUUAAGUUUAGUAAAAUUUUCGAUGAGAAGUGCAAUCAAAUAGAAUUGUACAGUAAUGUAGCUGUGCCCAUAGUAGAGCAAGUAUUGGAAGGAUAUAAUGGAACAAUUUUUGCAUAUGGACAGUCUGGUACUGGCAAAACUUACACUAUGAUAGGUGAUGUAGGAAAUCCAGACCAUCAAGGUAUUAUACCAAAUAUAUUUUCUCAUAUUUUUGCUCAAAUAACUUUAGCAAAAAAUGACUAUUCGUAUGCAGUUACCGUCACGUAUCUAGAAAUCUACAAUGAGGAAAUUCGCGAUCUUUUGUCCGAAACACCAGAAAGAAAACUUACUUUAAGGGAAAGACCAAAGUUAGGAGUAUACAUUACAGAUCUUUUAGGAUUUACUGUCAACUCUUUAGAAGCUGUAACAGAAAUUCUAAUGAAAGGGAAUAAAAAUCGUGCCACAAGUUCUACCAAACUAAACGAUAUUAGUUCAAGAUCACACGCAAUAUUUACUAUACUAGUAGAAACUAAAAAUAAUCUUACCGGUAAAAGAACAUUUGGAAAGAUUAACUUAGUAGACCUAGCUGGCUCAGAAAGAGUAAACAAAACUCAAGCUACUGGAGAUCGGCUUAGAGAAGCAGGAAAAAUUAACUUGUCACUUUCAGUUUUAGGAAACGUAAUAUCAGCACUUGUAGAUGGCAAAGCUUCUCAUAUACCUUACAGAAAUUCAAAGUUAACGAGACUGCUUCAAGAUUCUUUAGGUGGUAACUCUUUAACUGCGAUGAUCGCCUUGGUAAGUCCAAGAUUUCAAGAUUGCGAAGAAAGUUUAUACACGCUUAUGUAUGCAGAUAGGGUUAAACAUAUUCAAAAUCAUGUUUCUAUUAACGUAGAGACUAAAAGCAUUAUUGAAACUUUUGAAGCCAAGAUACAGUCGUUGAAAGAAGAACUAAGAUUGUUGGAGCUAAAAGAGCAAAAAGAACAAAAAAGGGCAAGAAGAAAAAGCAAAACAUCUCUAACUCAAGAGGAGUUUGAUAAUAUUGAGUUAGAAAAGAGUAUUCUCGAAAAUAAAAUAAAUAUGAUUCAGAAAAAGAUUUUAGUUGGGGGUGAAAAUCUUGUGGAGAAGGCCCAACAGCAAAUGGAUAUGUUAGAAGAUGCAGCUAAAGAAUUAAAACAUUUAGAUAGUUCCCAUGUACUUUUAGAAGAAAUACUAUUUUACAAAGAAAAAGAGAAGACUAUUGUGAAAAAGGAGUAUGCUAAUUUAAAAGACGAAGAUAGAGAGUUAGAUUUGAAAAUAGAAGAAGCCGAGAAGCUUAUUAAAAAAGCUUCUGAAAUUUUGACAAACAAAGAGAGUGAAUAUCAAAAUGAGAUAUCUACUCUAUUGCAAGAUAAUAAAAAUUUAGCCAAAGAAAUUUCUCUAGUACAAUUUGUAGUUCAGAACAGCAUUCCAAUGGCAUUCCUAGAGGACCUAAAAAAUGAGGUAGUAUUUAAUGAAGAUACUCAAGAGUGGCAAGUUAAAGGAGUUGCUUACUGUGGAAAUAAUUUAAGAAAAGUAAAAUCUCGUGAAUACCAUAAAAAAAGUUAUCCAGAUUCGGUAUAUUAUCAGUAUUCUAAAAAAACCUAAACAUAUUCCAGAAAUAACUCUAAUGUAACUAAUUUAUUAUAAUAACAUUAUAAAACUAACUUAAAAG